AUGUCGAAAUUUGAUAAGAACGUGUUGACUCCAUGUCCCGUUUUACGACCCACCGAUGCAGAGUUUAUGGAUCCCAUUGGGUACUUAUCUAGCCCCGCUGCGUUGGAGCUUGGCCGAAAAUAUGGACUUGUUAAAGUUGUCCCACCUGAAAGUUGGAAACCAAGUUUCCAAAUCUCGCCUCAUUUCAAGUUCCAUGUUAGGCAACAAGUAAUAAGUGAUUUAGGAAUCACCACGAGAUCAAGAAAAUUCUUUAAAGAGAACAUCAAUAGGUUUCUCAAUAUGAGAAGGAAACGUCUUUUAAAAUUAUUUUUUAAGGUUGACGGCCACACGGUAUACUAUUAUGAUCUUUAUGCUUUGGUUGAAAAAAUGGGCGGAUUUCAAGAAAUGACCAAGCCGCGCUGGCAAGAAGUUAAUACACAUUUUGGUAUUGACCUAAAGUCUAAAGCUAUAGAGUUGGAAUAUAAUGCUACAAUCAAGAAUUAUGCAAAUUACUUGAACUGCAAUAAAGAUGUUGAAUUACCAGAAAGUGAUUCAGAAAUAGAAAUUGAAAAUGACGAACAAGACUCUGACUAUUGUUUGAUUUGUGGCGAUAACGAUAAUCCCGAGGAAACAUUACUUUGCGAUCACUGUGAUGGCGCAUUUCAUAUGGCAUGUUUGAAUCCGCCACUAACUCAAGUCCCUGCCACGAACUGGUAUUGCGAUAAAUGUUUAAUAGGAACUGGCGAAUAUGGAUUCGAAGAAGACCCCGAGAUCAAGUAUAGUAUUCCCGAGUUUUAUCGCCUUUGUAAAGAGUUUGAUAAAUCCUUUUUUGAGGAUUACAAUAACGGUUUGCCCAUGAGCGUUGAUGAAAUUGAAAACAAGUUUUGGUCCUUUGUAGAUAUUGAAAAAAGCGAUUUGGAAGUGAAAUAUGGUGCUGAUAUACAUAACUUGAAGCCAGGCGAAAUUAGUGGAUUUCCAAUGAAAACUACACCAGGUCUAGAUUUGCUGGACCCCAAGAAUCAUUUUUACAUCAAUCAUCCAUACAAUUUGACCAAGUUACCUUUUGCUAAAGGAUCACUACUAAACUACAUCAAUACAUCAAUCUCUGGUAUGACAGUACCAUGGAUAUACAUUGGUUCGUUAUUAUCAACAUUUUGUUGGCACGUUGAGGACCAUUAUACAUUAUCGGCAAAUUAUUGUCAUUUCGGUGCUGUAAAGAAGUGGUAUGGAAUUCCUUCGUCACAUUCAACGCAAUUUGAAACAUUAAUGAGAGAUUCUGCACCUGAUUUGUUCCAAAAACAACCCGAUCUUUUACACCAGUUGACUACAUUAAUGAACCCAAUGAAGUUGGUUGAAAAUGGCAUUCCUUGUGUUUAUGCCGACCAGAAUCCCAAUGAGUUUGUUAUAACUUACCCCAAAGUGUACCAUGCUGGUUUCAAUUGUGGCUUUAACUUCAAUGAGGCAGUUAAUUUUGCAAUGGACGAGUGGCUUGAGUUUGGAGAGCAGUCUAUUACAAAUUAUAAACCUAUUGGUAAAGAGAAUGUGUUUAACUUUUACGAGUUGGUUGAGAAUAUAAUAAAGCAAUUUGUCAAUGAAGAAAACAAGAUUUUUAACGAUGGUGCGAAUCACAGUUUAGAUAUGAUCAAGCGAAGCACAAAAAUAUUUGCCAAUUUUUUAAACAAACAAGAUGAGUUGUUGAAGCAGAUACACAAGUUCAAUUUGAAUAUACAAUACAGACCAAAGGUUUAUAGGGCUCGAGAGUUUGAGCUGGAGCAAAGUGGGAAAAUUAUGGAUUAUUCAGAUGAGGAGGAGGAUUUGUGUUUUGGGUGCAAGACACAUCUAGGGUUCCAAUACUGUAUCCUUGGCGAAGAAGAAGAGAUGGAAAACAAAGAUGAAUGUGAUGGAGAGGAAAAAGACGAAUUAAAGGCGAAGCUUUAUUUUAAUACCAAUACCAAUACCAAUUCCAAUACCAAUACCAAUCUUAACUCCACUUUCCAAUUACCCACUCCACAUGCUUCUCCACAGGAAGAAAAUAUCAUGUCUCGAAACAAAGAUGCAGCUAAAGUUGUUGCAAACUCCAACUCUUCGGAAGAGUUAUCACACUAUUCUGUCUCGACGCCAAAAUGUGUUAUGGAUGAAUACGAUGAACUUAUCCAACGCGCCAAAAGAAAAGGACUGCAAGAGCCUGAGAAUGACGGUAAAGGGCAACUGGAUCUGCAAGACUCUGCACCAAAACGACGAAAAUCGAGCAGAUUGCAAACUAUUGAAGAGCAACAAUUUCAGAAAAGAAAGGAUCACGCUGCCAAUUUUAGCAAAAACAAGUUGAAAAGGGCAAAGGCAAAAGCAAAGGCAAGGGCAAAGAAGUUUGGUAUGCGCAAGAUGAAUGAGCGCACAUUUGAUAAUGAUUCUAGAAAGAUUUGUCUUGAAUGCAUUACAAAGAGGAAAACGAUUCCGAAAUCUUCCAUUGUGAUUUAUCAAAAUCAGCCGGAGCAAAUGAGAGAAUUAUUGACUAAAGCUGAAUUGAAAAUCAUGUCUUUGGAAAAAUAA